AGGAUUAAAGUUUACUUUUGUUAGUAUUCCCUCACUGCAGUCUGUAAUCUGUAAUCUGCACUAUCAUAUUCUCCUCUUGGAAACCAAUCAAGCGAUGGAAGAAUCAGAAAACCCUUCUCCAACCCAAAGGAAAGUAAAAAAGCUCACCCUCGUCCCUCUAAUAUUCCUCAUCUACUUCGAAGUAGCGGGUGGGCCCUACGGCGAAGAGCCCGCAGUUGAAGCCGCAGGCCCAUUUCUGGCCCUUCUCGGCUUCCUCUUAUUCCCCUUCAUAUGGAGCGUCCCGGAAGCCCUCAUAACCGCCGAGCUAACCACAGCCUUUCCCGGCAACGGCGGUUUCGUCAUUUGGGCCUCACGGGCCUUCGGCCCAUUCUGGGGCUCCCUCAUGGGCACCUGGAAAUUCCUCAGCGGCGUCAUCAACAUCGCUUCUUUCCCUCUUCUCUGCAUCGACUACGUCCAGAAAAUCUUCCCCGCCCUCGGCUCCGGCUGGCCCCGCCGCGUCGCAGUUCUGUGCUCAACGCUCGCUCUCUCCUUUCUCAACUACACCGGUCUCACCAUCGUCGGCUACGUCGCCGUCGUUCUCGCUGUGGUUUCUCUCUCUCCUUUUCUCUUGAUGUCUCUCAUCGCAAUCCCCAAAAUCAAACCCCAUAGAUGGCUUAGUUUAGGUCAAAAGGGGGUUAAGAAAGACUGGAACUUGUACUUCAACACGCUCUUCUGGAACUUGAAUUUCUGGGACAACGUCAGUACUUUGGCUGGGGAAGUUGAUAUGCCACAAAAAACCUUUCCUUUGGCUCUUUUCAUUCCCGUGAUUUUCACCUGCGUCUCUUACUUGAUUCCACUCUUCGCCGUCACCGGAGCUGUUUCCGUCGACCAGAGCGAGUGGGAAACCGGGUUCCACGCGCAGGCGGCGGAGAUCAUCGCCGGAAAGUGGUUGAAAAUCUGGAUCGAAAUCGGUGCGGCGUUGUCAGCAAUUGGGCUCUUCGAGGCCCAAUUGAGCAGCAGCGCGUACCAGGUUGAGGGCAUGGCGGAGAUUGGGAUUCUGCCGAAGCUUUUCGGGGUGCGGUCGCGGUGGUUCAACACGCCAUGGUUGGGGAUUGUGGUGUCCACUUUGAUUGCGAUUGGUGUGUCUAACAUGGACUUCACGGAUAUAAUUUCUUCGGCGAAUCUUUUGUACAGUUUGGGUAUGUUGUUGGAGUUUGCCUCGUUUCUUUGGCUGAGGUGGAAGUCGCCGGCGAUUGCCAGGCCUUACCGGAUUCCCUUGAGGCUGCCGUCGCUGCUGCUCAUGUGUUUGGUGCCCUCUGGGUUUCUGGUUUUGAUUAUGGCGAUUGCUACCAAAACUGUUUAUUUGGUUACGGGUGUGAUGACUGUGGCGGGGAUUGGUUUUUUCUUCUUCAUAAAACUCUGCAAGGAGAAGAAGUGGUUAGAGUUUAGUGUCAGUGUUGAAGAAGACAAAGAAGCUGAUCUUCCAAGGGAUGCAUUGUAAUUUUAUGGCAACUUUAAUAGAUCCUUUUAUAUGCAAUUUGUAUUAGAUUCCACUUGCAUAGUUAGAAGCUGGGAUAUGGGUAUGGAUUGAAUUUACUAUGAGCAUCAGGGUUGUUUAUUAAGGGAUUCUAAAACUUGGUGCAGUUACAUCACUGGAUCAUGUUGACGCGUUAGUUCUUAUAUAACAACCUUUUGCUUAUAUAUGUAUAUACAACUAUCUUAGCAUUUUUUAUGAA